AUGGCGCCGGCACACACAGAGGAACAAGGCGCCAAAAUCCGCGGCGACGUGCUGGAGACCAUCCUCUCCCGCGUGCCGGCCGUCGACCUCGUCGCCGCCUGCCACGUGUCUACCUGGUGGCGCGACGCCGUCUCCUCCUCCCUCCUCCACCACAGCCCGCUCAAACCCUGGCUGAUCGUCCACGCGCAGGCCACCCACUCCCCCCACCACACCACCGUAAGCGCAUACGAUCCACGCUCCGGGAUCUGGAUCCUCAUAUCUCGGCCGCCGGCGGCGCACGCCCCCGCCGCCCUCGCCUCAUCCCCGUCCAAUUUUCUCUACGCGCUGUCGCCAUCCGAGUUCCGAUUCUCGCUCGACCCGCUGGGAUCCGACUGGUGCGCCGCGGAUCCUCCCCGCGUGUGGCGCGCGGACCCAAUCGUCGCACGCGUGGGGGAGCACCUAGUGGUCGCAGGCGGCUCGUGCGACUUCGAGGACGAUCCCCUGGCCGUUGAGAUCUACGGAUUGAGGACGCGCACGUGGCGCGCGAGCGACCCCAUGCCGGUGAAUCUGAAAGGGUCCGCGUCGUCGUCCUGGCUCUCGGCGGCCGCUACAGCCGGUAAGCUCGUCGUCGUCGAGAAGCAAUCCGGCGUUCUCCACUGGUUCGACCCGGAGACCGGGUCAUGGUCCGACUCGGUUUCGCUGGAUCCGGGUCAGACGGUUACCAAUUACAACAUUGGGUGCUUCAACGGCGGUUUGCUGUUGAUCGGAGUGUGCAGGUUCGACGGCGCGGACAGGGUGAAGAUUUGGAGAUUCGCGGGAAGUGAUUUUUCCGAUUUCGAGGAAAUUGGGGAAAUGCCUGAGGAAUUUGGGCGGCGGCUGAGGGACGAGUGUUUUGGGAAUUUCUCGGUGGAGGUCCGCGUUUCGGGGAGCGUGGUGUACGUUUGCGCGGCGGAGGAGGUGGUGGUGUGCGAGGUGGUGGGCGGCGGAGGCUGCCGGUGGUGGAGCGUGGGAAAUUUGGUGGCGCGUGAGGGGAUUAUCGGGAAGAGGCUGGUGUUCUCGAGCUCGGAGGUGGGGAUUGGGGACCUGCGGCGGGCCAUGGUGGUGAACAAGUGGAAGUUUGAGGUGAGUCCGGUGAACUGA